GCGGGGGGCACCGGUCCGCCGCACCAGCGUCGCGGCUUUAAAAGGAUGCUGUGGCCUCUUCCUUUUCCUCCCGCCUCACCAGUUAAUGCUUUUUUUUAUUUAUUAAUUCAUCGCUGAGCCGCUGCUCCGCGAUGCCCGGCGGGCGAGCGGCGGGGUCGGAGGGACGCCGCGGCUGCGCCAGGUGGACCCGUGCCCUCUUUGGCCGCAACAUGGCGGGCAGGGAGCCCUUCACGGCCGUGCUGUCCGCGCUGCGCCGCUGCUACGCUGAGGCCUUCCCGUUGGAGACCUUCGUCCGGCGGCUGGGGGACGGCGGCGCCGGGGACGCCGAGGUGCUGCGGGCCGACGACGGCCCCGGCUACCGCAAUUUCGUGGGGCAGUGCCUCGUGUGCGUGCCCCGCGGCGCCCGCGCCAUCCCGCGGCCCUUCACCUUCCAGCAGUUAUCUAGUCAGAGUGAGGUCACCGCAAGAGUCGUUCAGAGACUGUGUGAAAAAAAGAAGAAGAAUGUCCUCGCAUAUGGAUACUCCUUACCGGAUGAGAACAGUUCUCAAUUCCCAGUCAUGCCACUUUCAAAGAUACACAGCUACCUACCCAAUACUGCCACAGAAACUCUUUGUAUCAGCGGCUUCUGGGAGACACUGUUGAGCCGGAUAGGGGAUGAUGUGAUGAUGUAUUUAUUGGAACACUGUGCAGUCUUUAUGCUGGUGCCCCCUAGUAAUUGUUACCAAGUUUGUGGUCAACCAAUUUAUGAACUUAUUUCACGUAGUGUAGACUCAUCCCUGGUAUUUGUUAGACAAAGGUUCUCAAAGUAUAAACGUACUAGCUUGCUUAAAUAUAUGCGAAAAAGGCUUAUGUUUCAUAGAAAUUAUCUUUUAAAGUCAUACAGACAAAGAUGUGAAGUUAAUGUCUCCAGAAUGAGAAAUGAAAGAAAGAACAAGAGACAAAGCUUAGUGCCCACUGACCAGUGUUCUGCAAAAGCUGUUUCUAAAGCAAGCAAACAGAUCAAAAUGGUUACUGAAGAUCAGGAAAAACAGAGUAGCUCCAGUUCAUGUGUUUCAGCCCCAGCUCCAUCUUUAAAAAGGAAGAUUCAUAGACAAAAAUCUGAAAUUCCAGCCAAGAGGGCAAAAAUAGGGGAGAAAGUGAGAGAGGAAAAGGCUUGUAGUCUUCUUCCUGAUGUAAACCAAAGGGUUUACAAGAGGGCAAAAAUAGGGGAGAAAGUGAGAGAGGAAAAGGCUUGUAGUCUUCUUCCUGAUGUAAACCAAAGUAGUUCUGAGAAAUCUGAAACUGGGUAUGUAGCACCACAUUCUGAAAGUGUCAUUAAAACCCCCUGUAUUUCUGAAAGAAGUAACAGUGCUGUGUUUGGUCCUUCUUUUCUUCACACAUCUCGUGGCAGGGGAAGGUUUGUGGUAGGCUCUCUUCUGCAGAGAUUUCAGAGUAACAAACCUUUAGAGUCCAACAUUGAACUGCAAGCAGAAUCCCGUAGGAAAAGAGAAGCGAUUCUUAUCCAUGAAUCUCAUUUGGCUUCAGGACAAACCAAACCUGUGGAGGGUACUUCAAAAUGCAGAGAGCAGGAAAGUCCUCAAGCUCGUUUAUCAAAGAAGUUACCAAAUAGACUCCUGAGUUCUGCAGCAUACAUUGGGAGGAAGUCUCUUCUCUAUUCUUGCAGGAGUUUCCAAGAAUGUUUUCCUAAAUCAUUUGUAUUGAAUCGCUUGCAGGGCUCUGAGGCAGGUGGAAGACGACUUAUAGAAGCUAUAUUCUUAAACCAAAAUCAGGUGCAGCAAAGGCAUAACCAAAGUCUGCCAGAAUGCAAGCGGAGAAAGAAGACAUUGCCCAAGCGCUACCGGCAAAUGAGGCACACAUUUCAGGAACUGCUAAAGAACCAUGGAAAGUGCGCUUACUUAGCUCUCUUGAGAAAGAAUUGCCCUGUUUGGAUAUCUGAAAUCAGUUUGAAAAAAAUCAAGCUGUCUUGUCAGGCAGCCUUGCCUGGGGAAGCAGAGGUUCAGAAGCAAGCAGAACAGUUUGGGAAAGAGCCUGCUAAGUGUGUGACAAGCAGCAGAUGUGAAUCUGGUCACACUGAUGUGCCAGAUAACAUAGAUGCUCCCCUCCCAGAAUCUGUGCGUGGGGAGUUGCCACCGAGUGAGGAGCAAAACCCACAAGAGGCACGUGAUUCAGCCCUCAUGGAGCUCCUCAAGCAGCACAGCAGCCACUGGCAGGUGUACAUGUUUGUGAGGGAUUGCCUGGAGAAGGUCAUUCCUGAUGAGCUUUGGGGUUCAAAUCACAACAAGUGCCGGUUUCUAAAAAAUGUCAAAGUGUUCAUUUCCAGGGGGAGGUUUGCUAAGGUUUCAUUGCAGGAGUUGAUGUGGAGGAUGAGAGUGAAUGACUGCAUGUGGCUUCGUCUAGGCAAAGGUGAUCACUUUGUUCCUGCCGAUGAACAUUGUUUCCGUGAAGAACUUUUGGCCAAAUUCCUGUACUGGCUGAUGGGUACCUAUGUUGUUGAGUUGCUCAGAUCAUUUUUCUAUAUCACCGAGACCAUGUUCCAGAAAAACAUGCUCUUCUACUACCGAAAGUUUAUCUGGGGCAAGUUACAGAACAUUGGAAUUAGAAACCAUUUUGUCAAAGUACAGCUACGGCCUCUGUCUUCAGAGGAGAUUGAAACUAUCCGUCAAAAAAAAUUCGUUCCUAUGGCAUCAAAACUCCGCUUUAUUCCAAAACCAAAUGGGUUGAGACCCAUAGUAAAAGUGAGCGGUGUUGUCGAACCACGAGCACUCAGCAAGGAAAGCAGAGAAAAGAAGAUGAAUCAUUACAACACUCAACUAAAAAAUCUGUUUAGUGUGUUAAAUUACGAACGGACUAUAAACACCAGUUUUAUAGGCUCUUCAGUGUUUGGGAAAGAUGAUAUCUACAAGAUAUGGAAGCAGUUUGUUACAAAAAUUCUUGAAUCUGGUGCUGAAAUUCCUCAUUUCUACUGUGUAAAGGCUGAUGUGUCCAGGGCUUAUGAUACCAUUCCUCACAAUAAACUGGUGGAAGUGAUUUCGCGGGUCCUGAAGCCUGAGAAGAGAACUGUGUACUGCAUACGGCGCUACGCUGUGAUUAUGAUUACCCCAAGUGGAAGAGCCAAGAGGCUCUAUAAGAGACAUGUUUCUACCUUCAAGGACUUUAUGCCGGACAUGAAGAAGUUUGUGUCCCAGCUUCAGGAGAAUGACUCAUUGCAAAAUGCAAUAGUAGUUGAACAGAGCUUAACGUUCUAUGAGACAAGUUCCAGCCUGUUUAAUUUUUUCCUUCAAAUGAUACAUAGCACCAUUCUGGAAAUUAGGAACAGGUACUACUUACAGUGCUGUGGAAUUCCACAAGGCUCCAUUUUGUCAACCUUACUUUGCAGUUUAUUCUAUGGAGAUAUGGAAAACAAAUGGCUCUCUGGAAUAAAGCAGGAUGGAGUCCUAAUACGUCUCAUUGAUGAUUUUUUGCUGCUUACACCACAUUUAAUGAAGGCAAGAGCUUUUCUAAGGACUCUAACAACAGGUAUUCCUGAGUACGGCCUUUUAAUAAACCCAAGUAAGACAGUGGUGAAUUUUCCUGUUGAUGAUAUCCCAGGAUGUUCCAAAUUUAAACAGCUGCCAGAUUGUCGUUUGAUCCCAUGGUGUGGUUUGUUAUUAGAUAUAAAAACACUUGAGGUUUACUGCGAUUACUCCAGUUACACCUGUACUUCUAUCAGAUCAAGUCUUUCCUUCAAUUCAAGUAUAACAGCUGGGAAAAACAUGAAAUACAAACUGAGUGCAGUCCUCAAACUGAAAUGUCAUAGUUUAUUUCUUGAUUUGCAGAUCAACAGCCUUAGAACAGUUCUCAUUAACAUCUACAAGAUAUUUUUACUCCAGGCUUACAGGUUCCAUGCCUGUGUUCUCCAGUUUCCAUUCAGCCAGCAAGUUAGAAAGAAUCCUGAUUUCUUCCUAAGGAUUAUCUCUCAGACUGCAUCAUGCUGCUAUGCUAUCCUGAAAACAAUAAAUGCAGGGAUUGCUAAAGAUAACAAAGGUGUAUCUGGCAUAUUCCCUAUUCAGGUAGCAGAAUGGCUCUGCUACCAUGCCUUCACUGUCAAACUGUUAAAUCACAGAGCUGUUUACAAAUGUCUGCUUACAUCCUUAAAAGUCUGUAAGAGGAAGCUAAUCAGGAGGAUCCCAGAGGAUACUGUGGCACUACUGCAGGCAGUGACAGAACCGUCUCUUUGUCAAGAUUUCAAAGCUAUCCUGGACUAACUGAUUGAGGUUUAUUUCAUAAUUUUCUCAGGUUUGAAAAUAAAUGCUAUGUAUUUAGGUGACUUCUCUGUAAUUUAUUUUGGUAGAGUGGGCCAAAAGCAAGUUCACCCAGAAGUUUUAUGUGUUUGUUUCUCAGAUACUCUACAAGGACAUAAAAAGAGCAGACGGUUUUGUUAAUACCUUCUUGUUUGGAUUUUUUUGUUUGUGGGUUGUUUUUUUUGUAAAUUUCACUGGCUGUUUAAAGUAAUUUACCUGAUUACGUUCCAUAAUUCUUAUCUUCUUGAUGAA